AGGAAUUUCAACAACGCCCACUGUGUCUCCUGCUGGAAACCCCGUAGCAGAGGCGAGCCGGAAGCAUAAACCCGAUCCAAAAUGGCAGGAGCUGAUGGAGACGAUUCUCUUUACCCCAUUGCCGUGCUCAUUGAUGAGCUUCGGAAUGAAGACGUUCAGCUGCGCCUGAACAGUAUCAAGAAGCUGUCCACCAUUGCCCUGGCCCUUGGUGUAGAGAGGACAAGAACCGAGCUUCUUCCCUUCCUCACUGACACCAUCUACGAUGAGGACGAGGUGCUCCUCGCUCUGGCUGAGCAGCUGGGAAACUUCACCAUGCUGGUGGGAGGCCCCGAGUUCGUCCACUGUCUCCUGCCCCCCCUGGAGAGCCUGGCCACAGUGGAGGAGACGGUGGUGCGGGACAAGGCGGUGGAGUCCCUGCGCAAGAUCUCCCAGGAGCACUCGCCCGUGGACCUGGAGGUGCACUUCGAGCCCCUGGUGAAGAGGCUGGCCAGUGGGGACUGGUUCACCUCCCGCACCUCCGCCUGCGGCCUGUUCAGCGUCUGCUACCCCCGCGUCUCCAGCACCGUGAAGGCUGAGAUCCGACAGCAUUUCCGGACCCUGUGUUCAGACGACACCCCCAUGGUACGGCGGGCCGCUGCCUCCAAGCUGGGCGAGUUCGCCAAAGUCCUGGAGCUGGACUACGUCAAGAGCGACAUCAUUUCCCUCUUCACCGCCCUGGCCUCGGACGAACAGGACUCUGUGCGUUUGCUGGCGGUGGAGGCGUGCGUCAGCAUCGCCCAGCUGCUCCCUCAGGAGGACCUGGAGGCUCUGGUGAUGCCCACCCUCCGCCAGGCCGCCGAGGACAAGUCCUGGAGGGUCCGCUACAUGGUGGCCGACAAGUUCUCCGAGCUCCAGAAAGCCGUAGGCCCAGAAAUUACCAAGAACGACCUGGUGCCGGCCUUCCAGAACCUUCUGAAGGACUGCGAGGCUGAGGUUCGUGCUGCUGCUGCCAACAAGGUCAAAGAGUUCUGUGAGAAUUUGCCGGAAGACAGCAGAGAGAACGUCAUUAUGACCCACAUUCUGCCGUGUGUCAAGGAGCUGGUGUCGGACACAAACCAGCACGUGAAGUCAGCCCUGGCGUCGGUCAUCAUGGGCCUGUCCACCAUCUUGGGGAAGGACAACACCGUGGAGCACCUGCUGCCUCUCUUCCUGGCCCAGCUGAAGGAUGAGUGCCCCGAGGUGCGGCUGAACAUCAUUUCAAACCUGGACUGCGUCAACGAGGUCAUCGGCAUCCGGCAGCUGUCGCAGUCGCUGCUGCCCGCCAUCGUGGAGCUGGCCGAGGACGCCAAGUGGAGGGUGCGGCUCGCCAUCAUCGAGUACAUGCCCCUGCUCGCGGGCCAGCUGGGUGUGGAGUUCUUCGACGAGAAGCUCAACUCCCUGUGCAUGGCCUGGCUGGUGGACCACGUGUACGCCAUCCGAGAGGCGGCCACCUGUAACCUGAUGAAGCUGGUGGAGAAGUUCGGAGCGGAGUGGGCCCAGAACACCAUCGUCCCCAAAGUGCUGGGCAUGGCCAACGACCCCAACUACCUGCACAGAAUGACCACCCUGUUCUGCAUCAACUCUCUGUCGGAGGCUUGUGGGCAGGACAUCACCACUAAACACAUGCUCCCCGUGGUCCUGAAGAUGUCCAGCGACCCGGUGGCCAACGUUCGCUUUAACGUGGCCAAGUCCCUCCAGAAGAUUGGCCCGGUCCUGGACAGCAGUGCCCUGCAGGCUGAGGUCAAGCCUGUCCUGGAGAAGCUGGCCACAGAUCAGGAUAUGGACGUCAAGUACUUUGCCCAGGAGGCUAUAAGCGUUCUAGCCCUGGCCUAACCGACGUCCCGUUGAACAUAGACGGCAUUGCAAGUACGGGCGCACUCGUUAUUUAUUGAUAUCCAGGAACACUGUAACGUAUGGAACGUCAUGGCGCAGCUGUUAAUGGUCUGUAGUCUUUGCUCUCAGUGCUUGUGAAUGUCCUGCAGAGCAGUGCUCCUCAUUGGUUUGCCACACUUGCUGUACAUUUCUGCACUCAACACUGGGAUGAGCCUGGGGAUUGCCUGUUUCUUUAAGACGUUCUUCUCAUCUCAAUGAUUUUUACUGUCAUUUGUCAAGUUGGCACACCUGCUGUUCUAUGAACUUCCCGAGAUCCGGGCGGUAGACGUUGUGAAGUGUCAGUUUGCCUGUAAAGAACUACCAACACUAUCUGUACACGGCUUGUCCGGAGGGCCUUUUCCCUUUUUCUCUUUCACACAGCUAUAUUAUGGCCGUAAAUAUAAAGCUCUUCUCCUCAGUGCUUCUUCUGAGUUGGCUGGCACUGUAUUUCAUUUAGUUUUCACUUUGUGACGGUUCCAUCAAUCUGUGUUGUGUUCAUGGGACGACUUUAAAAGAGGGACCAUCACAUUGUCAUCUCUCUUCUAGAAUAAUUCCUGUGAGUUUUUUUUUAGAUCGCACUAUUUGGGUUUUAGGAAUUUUAUUUUUUUGUCCACUGAUUAGUUCUCAUCUUGUAUGACUAGUAGUAUUUGGCCCUGGGGGCCUAAUCUUUGUCCAAGUAUUCAUGGUAAUGGUAUUAAAGCAUAAUUGAGCCUAUGACUGCUGUGUAAAUCUGUAGGUAAUUUUAACCCCCUCAUCCUUUUGCGGGUUACUUUUGAUGAGUGUGAGAUUGUAAAUGACUAGCGUUACACUUUCUUUGUUUGAACUGAUUGGCAUCAUUUGGUCUCUAUAAAAAGGCAUCUGCAUGAGCCAACUUAGCGGUAGAUAACUGCACAACACUUUGAGCUCCUGUAAUAUUUCCCAUGCCUAGAAUUAAUGUGGGGCACUUCAUGUAUAUUUGACGAAAAUUAGCUUGCACUCCCUUUACAUCCAUGUGCUUUUGGUCCAGACUUGAUCCACAUUGUCCUGUGUCAGUAAGAAUGUGCUUUGGUUUUAUAUUCAAUUAACCCCUUCUGAGACAGAGCACUAUUCUAUCUGAUGGGGAUACAACUUAAUAAAAGUACUGAAACAAAA